CAAAUUACAAAACUUACAGCAAUCAGUAAUAUGUGUCAGUAUAUAUAUAUAGACAAGAUUUAACUUAAUUUAGAAUGUAACUAACUAAUACCCAUUAGAUGGCAACACUUGAAUACUAGAAUGUUUUUGUUUAUAAUUAUCGUUUUUUGUUUUUUGGUCAGAUAAUUAUGUAUUGUUUUUGUAACGUCGCUAGCUUGUUGCACAUAUUCGUUUCUCGUAUGAUUGGAGCAACUUUCACUUCACAAAUGUGUAGUCAGCCAACCAAUCCGGUUAAGCAUAUGACUGUUGUGCUUUAAUAUUUGCCAAAAAGUAAUAAAAUUAGCAAUUAGCGUUAAAGCUUAAAGCAUUAUAAAUUUAUUUAACAAAGUUUACAACUAUUUAUAACUACAUGACUGCAACAUCUACGUUAAAAAGCCGCAAUGGCAAUCAAGUUAUUAACAACAAUCUUGCAGAAGUGCCUACCACCAAAAGGCAUGAUAAUCAGACUAAUAGUGUUCAAAAGACUGAUGAUCCUGCUGGAAAGAAUUCGCGUUCAAUGAUGACCUUAAUAUUUAUUUCGCUUUUGUUUGACUUACUCGCUUUUACCAUGAUCCUCCCACUAAUGCCUUCCCUGCUCGAGCAUUACCGUCAGAAUGACAGCUCUGGGUUGUAUAAUUUGAUGACGCGGCGAAUACAUUGGUUUCAGCAACUUGUUGGGGCUCCAGAACGAUACACAUCGGUAUUGUAUGGUGGUUUUUUAGGAUCCAUGUUCAGUUUUUUACAAUUUAUAGCUAGUCCCAUUGUUGGUGGGCUAUCCGACUAUUAUGGACGUAAGCCGUUAAUGUUCAUUUGUGCGAGUGGUAUUGCUUUAUCCUAUCUCCUAUGGGCUUUCUCCAGUAAUUUUGCACUUUUUGUACUAGCACGAUUUGUUGGCGGGAUCAGCAAAGGUAACAUAUCCCUUUGCAUGUCAAUUAUCACUGAUGUGUCCAGUGUUAAGACACGUGCAUUUGGUAUGGCACUUGUUGGUGUCGCCUUUUCGGUGGGCUUCAUUGCUGGUCCCACAAUUGGUGCGUUAUUUGCGCGUUCAUUAAAUAAAUCAGUAGAAUCUUGGUAUUUGGCACCCUCAUUAUGUGCCUUCACUUUUGCUAUAUGUGAUUUAGGAAUCAUUGCAUUUGGUCUAAAAGAAACAUUACCAAAAGAAAAACGCGUAAAAGAGAUAUCAUCGGCGAUGUCAUAUGCUAUUCAAUUAUUGGACGUGCGAUCAAUAUUCAGAUUCUCUGCAAUUAAGAAAGUGUCCAAUGCCGAAAUACUUGCACUUCGUAAAAUAGGGCUAAUUUACUUCUUAUACCUAUUUCUGUAUUCCGGUUUGGAAUUCACUGUCACAUUCUUAAUGUACCACAAGUUCGGCUACAAUUCCAUGGAGCAAGCAAAAAUGUUUCUUAUGACAGGUGUUGUCAUGGCCAUUCUGCAAGGAGGAGUUGUUCGGAGACUACCUCCUCAGGCGACAAAGCCAUGUGCUGUAUUUAGUUUGUAUCUGAUUGUACCUGCAUUUAUAUUAGUUGGAUUAGCGAAGGAUGGAUAUUUGCUAUAUGCAGGCAUGUUCCUUUUUGCAGUUUCCACAGCCUUUGCUGUUACCUGCCUAACCACAUUGGUUUCACGCUAUGGCAAUGACGAUCAAAAAGGUUCGGUGCUCGGUAUUUUCCGUUCUUUGGGUGCCUUGGCACGUGCAGUUGGUCCAGUUGUUGGUUGUAUUUCGUUUUGGAGCUUUGGUUCGCGACUAACUUAUAUUACUGGCGGUCUUUUAUUACUGGGCCCAGCGUACAUUUUACAAAAGUCAAAGCUUUAAUAAUUUAAAUAUUAAGCAAGAAAUUUUAAAGUAUUUAAACAUGGGUUUCGUGCCGUACAGUAUCAUAAAUAAUAAUUUGCAUAAAGUGCUCAUUAAUUUAUUGUGUAUUAUGAAAUUUUCUUUACUUAUAUUUUUAUAUCAUUUUAGUAUUUAAGAAUAAAGUUGUAUCGAAUAUUGCCAAAAAUUAAUUAAAUAUAUUGUGCAUAGUUUUGCUAAAAAAAAAAGGUAAUUUAUAUUCUACAACUUUUUAAUAAUAAUAGGAGUAUUUCCAAAUCUAAAUGUAAUUGUUUUAUUUUUUUUAUUAUAGUAAGUAAAGUUUAACAUUAUGAUAUAAAUGAAUUUUCAAUUAAAAUGUACAUAUAUGUAUGUUGUAAAGUAAAACUCUCGAUUAUAUCCUACAAUCUUGCUAAAGGUGAUACACCGAUUAAAGCGAUCUUCAAGCUAGUCGAUACCUUUUGUAUUAUGUUUAAAAAUAGUCCCUUCCAUACCAGCCAGCAUUUUCUUCAGUUUGGAGACUAUAACUAUAUUCACUCACUAUUUGUAUUUGUCAAAAUGGUUUAAUUAACAUUGAUGGUCAAUUCGAUUUUGUGGGCAGCUAUUCUUUAUUGUAAAGCUAAUAAAUGUGGUUGAUUCAUUUGUGUUUUUAAACACAAAAACUACCAUAAGUAAAUUUGAAUAAAUUUAAAGUAACGUUCAAUUCAAUUAUGUUGGAGAUGUUCCGAAUAUAUUGUAGUAGAGGAUAGAAAAGUAAUAGCGUAUAUUUUCUUUUCCUUUUAAUUUUCGCCUUCGUCGCACGCCAUAUUUAAUAUUGAACAACGGCACAUCGAGCAGGGAAGAAGAAGAUAUUUUCGUGUGUCGUCGUCGUAGUUGUCGCGUAAAAAGGUGAUUAAUAUUGAAAAGUUUAAAAAAGCACAGCAAAUAUAAUUGUUUUCAUAUAUUUAUGAUUAAAAUUAAGUUUUUAACUUUGUUAAGAGAGUAGAAAUAACAAAUAAGCAAUCUUUUAAGUGUAACUUAUCAAAUUGUGUAUGCAAAACUUAGGCGAAUUCCGAUGGAAAUAAAGCCACAGUAUAGACAAUUAAGUAGAAGUAAAUGCUGAAGCAGUAGAAGCAGCAGCCUAUCAAUCAGUGGAAAAAAGUUACCGCCCCGUCAUUUUUUCUAAUUUAAUAUUUUCUUUUUUCUUCCAUUGGUUUUACGGUCUGUGCUGUCGUUGAACGUCGUCGUCAUUGUCACCCAUCCGCUGGACCGUCGCAUUGCCCUUUGAUUUCACUGCCGUCUUAUGUGUUUGUGUGUUUCAUCGCAUUUCGGUGAAUAAUCGUGAAUUUUUUAUUACUAUAAAAAAGAGCUUUUGAGAAAGAGUAGUAAAAAGAUACGCAAAUUACAUACCGAAAAAAACUUUCCAAGUAAAACCGACGAUAAAGAAGAAAAUUGUUGGAAAAUAAAACAAGUAGAGUAACUCUAAAAGGAUAAACGCAGGUCACCCAAUUGCAUAGCAAAAGCAAAAAAAACAAAGAGGAAGCAGCUACGCCAAAAACAGUUGAAAAAAUAAUUUACAGCCAAUCAUGGGUACUAGAGAGGAUGAAUACGAUUAUUUGUUUAAAGUUGUGCUGAUCGGCGAUUCCGGCGUUGGUAAAAGUAAUUUGCUAUCGCGAUUUACGCGCAAUGAAUUCAACUUGGAAUCAAAGUCGACAAUUGGCGUAGAGUUUGCAACGCGUAGCAUAGAGGUUGAUGGCAAGACGAUUAAAGCGCAGAUUUGGGAUACUGCUGGCCAGGAGCGCUAUAGAGCUAUCACGUCUGCAUACUAUCGUGGCGCUGUCGGUGCACUGCUUGUCUAUGAUAUUGCCAAACAUUUGACAUACGAGAAUGUGGAGCGAUGGUUGCGGGAAUUGCGCGAUCACGCUGAUCAAAAUAUUGUCAUUAUGUUGGUUGGCAAUAAGUCCGAUUUGCGACAUUUGCGUUCCGUGCCGAUGGAUGAGGCGAAACUCUUUGCCGAACGCAAUGGGUUAAGUUUCAUAGAGACAUCUGCCCUUGAUUCGACGAACGUUGAAACUGCAUUCCAAAAUAUACUCACAGAAAUCUAUCGUAUCGUAUCGCAGAAACAAAUCAGAGAUCCACCUGAAGGUGAUGUCAUUCGUCCAAAUGUGGAGCCCAUUGAUGUGAAGCCGACUGUUACAGCCGAUGUGCGCAAGCAGUGCUGUCAGUGACCGCCUUAUGCACGUCCUGCAUUACUUUUAAAUGUCAUUUAUGCAUAAAUAAUAAAAACCAACAAUACUACAAUAAAUGAAAAAAUACAAAAACCACGACCACAAUUUCCCCCAAAUGAAUCCAAAUCUACGCCAGUGGCAACAAACGACAGCAAAACAUAAACAGAAGAACAGAAAUAGAUGCAGCAAUUAUUAUUAAUAUUACCCACAUACACUAAAUGGCAAAGAAAUGAUUGAAGCAGAAAAUAGUGAAACUCCGUUGAAAUUUAUUGAAAGAAAAGUAAUAAUUUUAUUUAUAAUUUGAACGUGUAUUUUCUAUAAAAAAAAAAAACAUAAUGAAGUGAGCAAUGAAUUACCCUCUAUGCUAUUAUUACACUUAGAGAACUACCCCGCAAUCGUCCCAGCUCUUUUAAACGCUUUUAUGAAGUUGCUCCACAAAAUUUCAAUACAACAAGAAAAAAAACAGACAUAAUCAAGUAAACUGAGUUAUUGUAUUAGUGAUGCAUUAUUUAUAUACACUUUAUAACAAGUUGCCCAAUCAAUAUCGCUACUUACUAUUUGGUUCCUUAUGCUAGUAUAUACAUAUAUUUUUUUUUUUUGUUCAGAUGUUGCUAAUUUGUUUAACAAAGUGUUGCUUAAUUAAAUAAAUCGAUUCAGUUAGAUUAAUAACCGACUAAUUAUAAAAAACAAAAACAUUUCUACAUUUUUUUUACAUUUAACUUAAUGAAAACGAUAUGCAAAAUUCUCCAUGUAAAUUUAAUUUUUUUAUUGUUCAAAAGAUAUGUAAAACUAUUGUAAAUGUUUUAGUAAAAUGUAAUUAAAAAUAACAAAUGCGAAAAACGAAAUUAAUUUAAAUAUUAAUUAUAAUUAAGAAAAACACACACACACACGCAAAAAAAAAUGCAAAAAAUUAUUAUUCUGCUUUUUUAAUUAAAACAAAGAAAUAAAAUUUUAUAUAAUAUUACUAUGAAGUAAUCAAAAACAAAACUAAACACCAAAAUACAUACAAUACUGUUCGCAGCGAGUAAUGCACACACAUACAUAAAUAUAUACGAGAGCAUGGCGAGAAAUAAGCGGUUUAACAAAGGUAGUCAACUGUAGGUGGAAUGAAAAGAAUUAGUUUUUGAUAGCGUAAUUGUGUGGACCCAACAGAUAAAGGGAAAGCUAAAAUAUGAAAUAUCGUGAAUCUAAUGGCAGAGAGGAAGGCAUAGCAAACAAAAAAUGCGUAUCCGAGUAAUAAUUAAUUAAUUGGAAAACUUAUAAAAACUAAAAAUAAAAGCGAUACAACAUGCAACAGCCAGUUGUACAUUAUUGAAGAUUAUACAUUUAAAAAGAAAAAAUUUAAUUAAUCGAUCGAUUGAUUAAUGCAAUUAUAUUGUGUUUUGCUAUAUUUACCUAUGUUAAGUGUAUCUAAAUAAAUAAAAUAAAAUUGAAAACAACAAAAUGUAAA